GCUACAGCAUGGGUUGGAGGAGAGGCCAUGAUCUGGCUGCAGCAGAUAGAGGGGCAUUGGCAAGUGUAGCGAGCAAGGGGUGCAGCCCCAUAACAAGGAAAUAAUUUAAUAAAAAGGAUAUAGAUUUCCCUGGGUCACAGUAAGGAUUUUAAAAUGUUCCUUGCAGACAUGCCUUUUUAAUAUUGCCUCUUGUACAUUAGUUUGACUGGACAGAAUGUGCAGAUUUAAUUUAUAAAUUGCUUUAAGAGUAAAAUUUUGGGUAAUUAUCUGUUUUUGUUACAGGUCGGGAGUACAUUAUCCCAUCCUUGGCACACAGGUUUAUAGCAGAGAUGGUGGAUUUCUUUAUUCUUUUCUUUAUAAAGGCAACCAUUGUCUUAAGUAUUAUGCAUCUCAGUGGAAUAAAGGACAUUUCUAAAUUUGCUAUGCAUUAUAUAAUAGAAGAAAUAGAUGAAGAGACAUCCAUGGAAGACUUGCAGAAAAUGAUGAUAGUGGCUCUUAUCUACAGAUUGUUAGUCUGCUUCUAUGAGAUUAUCUGUAUUUGGGGAGCUGGUGGGGCAACCCCAGGGAAGUUUCUGCUUGGACUUAGAGUUGUGACAUGUGAUACUUCUAUACUUAUUGCACCAAAUCGUGUGUUAGUGAUACCGUCUUCCAAUGUUAGUAUAACAACGUCUACAAUACGAGCUUUGAUCAAGAAUUUUUCUAUUGCUUCCUUUUUUCCUGCAUUCAUUACACUGCUAUUUUUUCAGCAUAACAGAACAGCCUAUGACAUUGUAGCAGGAACUAUUGUGGUAAGAAGAAAUGGAGUCAGAUGAUACCAGUGCCCAGAUUACCACACUUUUCUGAACAUGUAAAAAAAGAAAGACCAUCAGUAUUGGUUGCCCAAAUUAGCUGCAGACGGAUUCAGAUGUUAAACAAAAUGAGCCAUUUCAGUAUAUAGUACCAGUGAUUAUCUUGAAAGUAUUGAUUUUUCAUAAACGCCAAAGUAGUUUGAAAGAAAUAGUACCUAUUCAGUAUGGAAAUAUUAACAUUGGAUUGAUAGGAAGGAAACAAGUUAUAUUUAUCCUUAAAGGUCCAUUUUUCUCAGUCUCCAUAAAGGAGAUGCCUGGAAAUACUGCCAUCAAGUUCUACAUCUUAAUUAUUUUAUGGGAAAAAUAACAUGGAGAGUGUAGUUGUGGUCUGUGUUGGGGUUUACAAAACAGAUUACACAAACAUCCUCUCAGAGGAGAUUGCAAAAAUCUAGCUAAUAAUGUGUUUCCUUUUAGCCAAUACAUUUUGUGGGGUUGGGUAUCAAUCCCUAAAGGUCUUAGUGAAUUUCUUCACUCUAAGCAUUGUAUUCCUUUACUACUUUUUAAAUGUGUUAUCUAAACAUGUAUUGUGGCAGGUUUUAUGCAUGAUUGUGUUAAGUAUUCAGUCACUUACUAUUUAUGACUAUCCCAAUGAAGAGGUAAAUUUAGAUUACUACUUCUUUGUGGGAAGAAUAAAUUACUGUGGUAUUUGUGAAUUAGGUUUGAGUAAAUAACUUCAGAGCCAUACAAUUAACAGUAUAGAUCUUGGUAAACAAAAGGUGAAAAUUGUAGCUUCCAUUUGUUGGGGAAGGAAAAGUUUUACUUUUCUCAAGUUGUUGCACAUAGACUGUGUAAACAGAUGGAGUGUUUAUGCAGCAUGUAGAAAA